AGCUCAUUAUUUUCAAUCCUUCUACUCUGUAAAGGAAACUCUGCCGAAAUUCCAGCUCAACCAACAAUUGCUUAGUUGACCAAAGAAUUGCUCCACCAUGGCCAAUGCUGGAGCAGCCUUUGGGUUGGAAGACGUGCCGGAUUUGCCUGAAGCACCCACGGAACAGCCCAAGUACAACCGGGAUUACCAUCGACUCUUCGUCAAAUUCAUGAGCUGGCUGCACAAGAGGACGUACACCAAGCGGCUCGCUUCCAACCUAGUGCUUUGGCCGGCAUCCAACCACACCACGUUGCCGACUACUGAAAUGGCACAAGAAGGCUAUUUCCUUUACAUGCCCAUCAAAGGUGCACAUGGAAUGGAACCUCCGCAAUCCAACCAAGUCCGAUCCUGUGAACGAAGUGGUCAAGGAAGUCAAGAAAGCGGAGAAUCAACACCGCGGCAAGAAGUCUGUGCCACCAGGGAUUUGACGGAAACUGAGUAUCGCAAGGUGGUCCAUGAACUCUACGGCAAAGGGAGCUUUAAUCGACCAUCCGUACAGCCUGCAUGUUGA